UCAUGGGAUUUCAAAUUCCUCCCUCCCCCAACCAAGAUCAAUUUUACAAAGAAAAACUUCCUAAUUCCAUUCCAUUCCAUGAAACGAACGCUACCUGAAGGUAUUAUUCUUCUUAAAAUGACAAUUACUUUUCGGUUGACACGGGUCAACCUGAUUUGAUUACAGGGAGAGCUAAGACAGAUUCUAUAUAUAUGCAUGCAUAUGUGUUAAAUGAGCUGUACGUUGAUCUCAAACAAAUACUAUCUAUAUACAAUAAUAGUUUUAUUUAGAAGGUUUCCUCAAUUAAUUACAUUGAAUAAAUACCACAGAAUAGGACAUAUAGCAAAACCCUUGUUUGUUUUGUGUUGUGUUGUUACUUAUUUGUUUAAUUAAUAAAGGAAUCUUUUGUCGAUUUGCUUUUCCAUUUCUUAAUUAAGUCCACUGAUUACUACAUCACAUUUUGCUAAUCAUAUGCCUAAUUGAAUCCAGAGUGAAGAACAACCAUGGCCGCCAUAACUCACCCACUUCACUCUCUAACCCUCACUUUCAAGACCCCAAACCCCAGAUUCACACCCCUCCCCAAACUCACCAUCUCAGCCACUUCAACUUCAAACACACAUAUCUCGGGCCGAAAGCUAACCGCCGCCGUAAUCGGCGGUGGUCCUGCCGGAUCCUCUGCCGCAGAGGCGUUGGCAUCCGGCGGGAUAGAGACAUAUCUCUUCGAGCGCACCCCGAGUGGCGCCAAACCAUGCGGUGGCGCCAUCCCGCUCUGCAUGCUCGAAGAGUUCUCCAUCCCACAUGAUCUCAUUGAUAGGAAAGUAACCCAUAUGAAAAUAAUAUCCCCUUCUAACCUCACCGUUGACUUCGGCAAAACCUUGAAGCCCAACGAGUACAUCUCCAUGCUCCGCCGCGAAGUACUCGAUUCCUACCUCCGAUCACGUGCCGAAUCGAAAGGUGUCACGCUUGUUAAAGCACUUGUAACAAACCUUGACGUCCCAUUACAACCUAACCAACCUUACAUCGUCAACUACACCGUCAACAACACGAUGAAAUGCCUCCCCGUCGACGUGGUUGUUGGCGCCGACGGCGCCAACAGUCGCGUGGCGAAAGCGAUUGGCGCAGGGGACUACGCCUGCGCCAUUGCUUUCCAGGAGAGAAUCAAACUCCCAAACGACAAAAUGGAGUAUUACGAAAACCUCGCGGAGAUGUACGUCGGAAACGACGUCUCACCGGACUUUUACGCUUGGGUUUUCCCCAAAUGCGACCACGUGGCGGUUGGCACGUGGACCGUGUGCUCAAAGAAAUAUAUCAAACAAUAUCAACAAGGGGUCCGGUCGAGGGUCCACCCAAAGAUCGCGGGUGGGAAGGUGAUUAAAGUGGAGGCCCACCCAAUCCCAGAGCAUCCCCGACCAGUUAGGGUCCGAGGUAGGGUGGCUCUGGUCGGGGAUGCAGCGGGGUACGUGGCGAAAUGCACUGGCGAAGGGAUAUAUUUCGCGGCGAAGAGUGGGAGAAUGUGUGGUGAAGCGAUUGUGAAAGCGUCAGAGGAGGGUCACAGGAUGAUCGAUGAAAGUGAUUUGAAAAGAGAGUAUUUGAAACAAUGGGAUUCGCAGUAUAAAACGACAUUUAGAUUCUUGGAUUUGUUGCAGCAUGUGUUUUUUGGGAGCAAUGCUGCAAGAGAGGCUUUGGUGGAGCUUUGUGGAGAUGAGUAUGUACAGAGAAUGACAUUUGAAAGCUAUUUGUAUAAGAAAUUGGCUAAGGGAAAUAGUUGGGAAGAUUUUAAGAUGGUUUCGAAUACGAUUGGGAGUUUGAUAAGAUGCAAGCUUCUUGGGAAACAAAUGGAGGCAUUUGACCAAGAUGUUCUUGCUAAGGUUGUGUGACAGAUUCAUGUAUGUAUUGAUUUGUUACUUGUAGCUUAUGAUUUGCAACUUGCAAGACUGCAUAAGAUUUCAUAAUUUAUAUAUGUGCAUUUCUGUUGAAUUUUUUGAACCA